AUGAUAGAUCACACAGGCAAGCAAGAUACUCCAGGUGACAGCACCGGCAUCAUCAUCCUGGUUGUGAUCAUCAUCGUAGCCGUUGGAUUUGGAAUCGCCUGCUACUUCGCACGGAAGAGAGGAAGGCGCCACUCUGUCGACUUCACGUCCAGACCGGAUGAAGCCCACAUCCCUCUCAGCACCGUGGAGCCUGAGUUGCCUGGUGAUGCUGCGCCUCAGAACGGCCUGCUAACCUUUGAAAGUACAGAAAUUACUGCUAAAGAGCCACAAGAACCAGAGGCCAAACCUGAAGUACAGGAGGAGCAGAAAGCUGAGGCUGUUAAAUCUGCUGCUGAUCCCAGCGCUGAGUCUGCAGCUCCGGCACCAUCCCCAGACAAGUCCGAGGACAAACCCAAAGAGGACGUCGUCGCUGAGCCGAGUCCUCCUGCACCUGUUGAGCCGAGUGUGGAGGAGAAAACUGAUGACGAAGGCGUUGUCUCCAACAAGACAUCAGUGGAGUCGCUGAAGGAGACGAAUGAGAACAACAGCAACAAUGCUGACUUCAGUCAGAAGAGAGAUGUGAAGAGGAACAGUCUCUUCUGGGACGUUCCUCUUGAUUGUCCGGUGUGAAACACAUCGCCUCUCUGCCCCCGUGUUGAUCUUCAGGAACUCGAUUGAAGAAGUGACCACAGUGGAAAAAGGACACACCUGUUCAUACCGUGUGAGGACUCUAGUUGGCUGUUGCUGCCUUGUUUGGAAAAAACAUUUUGUAACACAGCAGCUUUUCAAAGUUAAAUGUCAGCUGAGCUCUGCUUUGUUUUUAAGUAUUCGGAGUAGUCGGAAUUUACUUGAUUUAUAGACAAAAUUUUAUUAUUUUUGGUACUACAGUAACACCUUAUUUUAAAUCUCCCCUAUAAACAGUAUAUAAACAGAUAAUAAAAGGUUUAUAUAACACACUAUGAUGUAGCCAUAAGCAGAUACAGUAUAAGUGUUUAUUAUAUUAUAAAAUACAGAACAUUUACCAGAUGGUACAGAAAACCACAUAGAAUAUAAACUAUUAUUAUUAUAUAUAUAUGUAUUUAUAGAACUAUAACUCGUAAAGUGUUACCGGUACGACU